GCAGCGUCGGGGCUGGCGGGGAGCCUGGCGCCUGCGGGGCUGAGGGCGGUGCUGCCCCAAAGUGCCCCAGCCAGGCCCCACGUGCGAGGUUUGCCCCACGCAGGGCCGAGCGGUGCCGGGACGCCUGGCGAUGCUGAGGGACGUGGCGGUGGCUGCCCGCGCGGGACGGGGGGCACGUUACGGGGUGCUGCCGGGCGCUGUGUGCGUGGUGGGGAGCAGGGCCUGGCGCUCAGCCCGCGGCCGGGGUGUCCGAGCAGCCCGCUGUCUGUCGGUGCUGGCAGGCAGCCGGGGACCUGCGCUGCGGGGCCGGCAUCCUCCCGUCCCGCCGUGUCUCCUCCCAGCUGCGGGCCCACAAGGGGUGGCGGCUGGUGGGCUAUAUAAAGGCAGGGGAACCUCAGCCAGCUCAAAAGAAACUCCUGGAGCUACUGGUGUUCUCCCUCCCUCCCUCCCUUCACGUGAUUCAGCUUCCCCACACCAGGGAAGCCGAGGACAAGUCAUACUGUGCGAGAUGGCUGCCGGCAGCCGCCUCCUCCUCCUGCUGCUGCUGCCCUGCCUGGCCACGGCCUCGCGCAGCCCACCCGGCUGCAGGAUCCGGAUUACCUCCAAGGGGCUGGACCUGGUGAAGCAGGAGGGGCUGCGCUUCGUGGAGCAGGAGCUGGAGAACAUCACGGUGUCGGACCUGCACGGGAAGGAGGGGCAGUUCCACUACAACAUCAGCCAGGUCAAGGUGGUGGACCUGCAGCUGCCCUUCUCCGACCUGCACUUCCAGCCGCAGCAGCACCUCGCCUUCAACAUCAACAACGCCUCCAUCAGCCUGUGCUUCCGCCGCCAGCUGCUCUACUGGUUCUUUUACGACAUCGGGUCCAUCAAUGCUUCUGCUGAUGGCGUCCACAUCCACACAGUGCUGCGGCUGGCCAAGGACGAGGUCGGGCGCCUCAAGAUCUCCAACAUCACGUGCAAUGCCUCCAUUGCCAGAAUGCACGCAGGCUUCUCUGGCACGCUCAGGAAGGUCUACGAGUUCCUGAGCACCUUCAUUGUCACAGGGAUGCGCUUCCUCGUCAGCCAGCAGAUCUGCCCGUCCCUGGAGCACGCCAGCCUGGUGCUGCUGAACUCCCUGCUGGACACGGUGCCAGUGAGGAACUACGUGGACGAUCACAUUGGGAUCGACUACUCCCUCCUGCGGGAUCCAUCCGUCUCCCCGGACACCCUCGACCUAGACUUCAAGGGCAUGUUCUUCUACCGUGCGAGGGAGAGCCAGGAACUGGAGAACCACGCGGUGGAGCCGGUGAUCAAGGAGACCGAGCGCAUGGUCUACGUUGCCUUCUCCGAGUACUUCUUUGACUCAGCCAUGCACGCGUACUUCCAGGCGGGCGUGCUGGCCAUAGAGCUCGAGGGGGAGAAGGUGCCCAAGGACCUGGAGGUUUUGCUGAGAGCCACCUUCUUUGGGACCAUCUUCAUGCUGAGCCCCGCCGUGGUGGAUGCGCCCCUGCGCCUGGUGCUUCAGGUGUCGGCUCCCCCCCGCUGCGUGAUCAAACCCUCGGGCACCUCCGUCUCCGUCUCCGCCUUCCUCAACAUCUCGCUGGUGCCCGCGGGCCGCCCCGCCGUGCAGCUCUCCAGCAUGGCCAUGGAGACGAAGCUGAGCGCCAAGGUGUUCCUGCAGGGGAAGGCGCUGCGCGUGCAGCUGGACCUGCGGCGGUUUCGCAUCUACUCCAAGCAGUCAGCGCUGGAGUCGCUGGCGCUGUUCUCACUGCAGGCCCCGCUGAAAACCCUGCUGCAGCUGACGAUCAUGCCCAUCAUUAACGAGAGGACGAGAAAAGGGGUGCAGAUCCCGCUGCCGGAAGGCAUGGACUUCACCAAGGAGGUGGUCACCAACCACGCGGGAUUCCUCACGGUGGGAGCUGAUCUCCACUUCCAGAAGGGGCUGCGGGAAGUGAUUGAGAAAUACCACGCCGUCCCCGCAGCCCCCACCUCACCGCCCGCAGCGCCCAGCGCAGAUCCCCGCCAGCUGUAGCUCCCACUCGCUCCUUCACCCUGGACAGAGGGCAGAUCCCGGGCUGGACCCGUAGGCUGUAGGUAGGAAGCAGCAUCCCCAGCACCACUCGAACAUCCCGCAGGGCUCCUGCGCCCUGGUGGGUGGCAGCAAGGCGGAGACAGCUGCUCUGGGAACCCCUGCUGCACCCUUAUCGUUACACUAAUAAACCACUCAACGCCAA